CAGGAUUCGCAGGCUCACGACGCACCCUCAACCUCAGCCUCGCAUCCACGAUUCCAAGUCCAAUUCCACGUCGUUGAUGCUCCGGAAGAGAUCAGCGCGAAAUCGCCAUCAUGUUCAGCUUUAGCGGUAACUUGCUUGCGGGGCAACAUGAUACCCAGAAAGAAAGACCUCCACCGUCAAAGCCAACCCCCAUUACCUUUCCCUACCUGGAGCCGCCUGAGCCAUCAAUACCGACGCCGCCAGCGCCCUGGAGUAAGCAACAAACAGGAAUAUCCGCGCAUUUCCUGAGCUUGCGAAAGCCAUCUGAUGUCACAAAGGAGACCCUGUCGCUGCUAAACGUCACGUUUCAGCCUGACUGUGAGUUCGAAACGUUGCUGUCAUCUUUGUCAAACAACGCACAAUCGCAUCUGCCCCCAAAGGCCUGGCUGGAGUCACCGGGGCCUGGUGAGCCCUUGAACAGCCCAGAAGCUACUGCUACGCUGCUCAGUAAUGGCAGAAAAGCGCCAGAACAGAGAGAGUUCCAUGUUCGUGCAAGAGAACUAUGCUUCCCAAACGCUGAUGCUUUCUCGACGCUCACUCGCAAGGGCCAGGGAGGCCAGGCGCCGUUGCGGCUGGCCCACUUUCGGAAGUUCUGGGAAGGACUCGAUAACAUGGCCUACUACUGGGAUACCUCGCUAGACGAAUACUCCUCACCUAUUCCCGAAAAGGGUGACGAAACUGCCGCGCUCUCUCUGCCGGAUGGUGCAGAGGAGAAAAGCCACGAUACAACGAAUGAAACCAGUCUCGACUCGAGAACCAAGAUGGAGUCCGGAUUUGCAUCUGCUAGUGAAGAAGAACCGCGGAAGAAAGCCAGAACGGAGGCUAUGAGUGGCCAGGCAAUAACUCAGUCUCUCAAUUCAAAAGGCUUUGGUAGUGGAUCUAUAGCUACCCAUACAUCGUCCCUUACUCCAAAUCGGGUCCUACCGGCCAGAGUCGCGCCGCCAAAGGCGCCAUGGGCUGCAAACAUGGACCGUCAAAGCAAGCCCGCUGAUUUGUCAAAAGGCUCUUACCGGGGCUAUCGAGUUGGCAAUGGUGCCGAGAUGCCUGAUCAGUAUCGGAUUGACUGCGUGCGGGCCUUUCUUGAGCCGAUUGCUUGGGCAUUUGGUGUAACGUUUUCGCAGCAUCGGCGUCCACCCGUGCUCACACUGGGGUCCGUACGAUUUCCUGUCCGCAUGAGCUCUGUGGCCUGGCGAGGACCACAGGAUAGGGUCAAGGCACGCCAAGGAUGGAUGGAAGGUCCUGUUUUAGGUGUCCAGUGCAGAGCAGACGUACACUUUGGUGCCACAGGAAAGCUAGAUGCAGAGUCUGUGCUUGAUGCCGUCCGAGAACUUGGCGGGCUGCUACUACUGGCACAAGAAAGAGCAAGGGAAGGAUUGGUAGAGAAACGAGGUGGCGAAGGCGCAUGGUGGACAACGAGAGAGCGCUGGGGUGGAGGUCCUGGAGGUGAAGUUGGUGAGGCUGCUGGGACCGACAACGCACCUCUAAAGGAUACAACUGUGAAAUCAGACGAAAGAUCCGCCGAAAGAUCUCGGGAUGGGUCAAAAGUGCGUCGCCGGCCAACGCCUGCGGAAGUCUGGAAGGUUCUCAAACCCGGGAAUCCUCUCUGGGAUCCGAAAGUUGUAUACGAGGCGAUCGGGAGAAACAGAAAUGUUGAGUGGGAUGAUGUGUUUAUGGUUUCGUCACUGAACCACCACAUUAGCUUGUUGAAGCUGCGUGUACACCCAGCCUACCUACAGUAUCUCACAGAAGGAAAGCUCCCUGGGGAAAUGCCGUCAGAUCCUGAUUGGUGCUCUCCCAAGCUACAAAGGACUCGAUGGUUUGAUCUUUUCGAUAUUGACGAUCGCACCGAAGCCAUGAGGGGAAUCUGGGGCAUCAUGUCCUACUUGAUGCGUGCGGCAAACGACUAGUCGCAAAGGCACUAUAAUGAAUGGGGACUGAGUCAGAAUAUCACCAGCAUGUCUACUAUCGCUCGAUGGGAAAUAGAUCAUCAAUCAUACGUCGUACGCACUGAUUACUUUAGUACCAAGUUAAUUAAGAGCUCCUUUAGCAACUGAUUCCAAUCGCCCAUUGUGUCAUCAACACAAUACAUAGGCAGAAUGAAGAUUGCUUCAAGCCAG